GGGGGCGGACUUCUCUCCUCUGCAGGCAAUGCAGCUCUCCCCGGCUGGCGGUUUUCGGGUAAUCGGCUCGGGGCAAUCCGAGACCGGGGCAUCGACGCCACCCCGGCUCCUCGACCCUCCCCCGACCGGUGGGACUGUGGAACCCACGAGGCGACUGCGUGUGGCGUUGUUUCCCCGCUGGCACCACUCCGGGACGUCGCUGUCCCUUCCGGUGGGCGGCGUGAGGUCCGGCGCCACGUAGAUUCUUUUGCACUAUCGGGCUUCGCUCUCGCGGCUCCAAUCCUCGCAGAUGAGCCUGAGACCACUGGCCUUGCGACGCCGUCGACCUCGGAGCUCCCGGGCGAGGCCGUGUCUGUCCCUCAGGCUGCUGCGGGGGCAUUAAGUCGCGUUGUUCGCGACGCGGAGGGCGACCGCGGUGGCCACGGCCAAAACCAGAGAGCGACAGAGACAGGAGGCGACCACCGCUUGUCUCCGCAGGCAGAACGCGUCUCGCCGUCGCCUUUGCAUGUGGAACCGCAGUCAAACUUGCUGGACUUUUCCUCCAUGCCAAGCAGCCACGAACCCGCCUUCACCCCCCAAACAGAAAUGCGCCUGCGAAACCGACCCAUGAGAAAGUACCUCCGGAGACGCCUCCGCCACCUUCCGCCUCCCACCCAUCUCAUUUCUGGCGCGGGUCAGCCGUCCGCGUCGGCGGAGCACUGGGUUGAUGUCGAAGACGUCACAGACAAGUGCCUGCGGUACAUAAACUGGUACCGCCAAGAGGGCCUCGAACAUCCUCUCGAACCGAUCAAAGCUACGACGACCCUGCGAGAAGACGCGGCCGCACUCGUGCGGCGCCUGACGUUGACGCACUGCAGAGGAGCGUACCCUUUUCCCUCUCCGAGACCCCUCGUCCCCGGGGCUUUCGAUGCGAACUGGUUUGGCGCCAAAGAGCCUGAUUGCAGUUUCGCGGCUCUAACGUGGUUCUCUCAAUUUCGUCACUUCGACGGGCAAUUUCCAGGUGCUCCAGUUGAGGAGCUGGCUUCCGGGUUUCGCGUCGGCGAAUUUGCUCGAAUGAUGCACAGAAGAGCGACUGGCAUCGGCUGCGCGCGGACCCGAAGCUGCGCGGGAGGCGUCAACUGGCUCGUGUGUCUCUACGGCUCGGUCCCUCACCGCCCGAACAACGCGGAUUUGCGUGCAGAAGACGUGAUUUUUGGGCCGGAAGUGUGGGAAUCGAUUCUGCAACGCGAGGCCUCAGCACCCGGCGGCACGCAGGCGAAGGAAGUGCUAUCGGCUUCCUCGGAGGAGGCAGACGUGUCUCUACACAUUCGGUUGAGCGGCACAAGCGAAGACGCUUUGCGGGAAGGCGGUGGCGCCAUUGAGCGUCCAGCCUCCGCAUCUGAAUCGAGUUUUUCGGAGGCCGGCCGCCAGUUUGCGACUCAGAGCAGCUCCAUGGUGGGCGAGACAUUCGAAGGUCACGACGAGCUGUGGCGGGUCUCCUGGCCCGGCCGCAUGGAUCUGAGGCCCCGCGGGAUAUCUGGCCUCGCCCCGCGGCCAAGGCUCGCUGAAGUGUGGGGUCAAGACAUAUCGGAGGAAUCAGUCAUGGACAUAGCCAGGGGCGGCCGCCGGGGUGUGACGAUCGAUGAAAAGGGCGGGAUCGAUAAACUGUUCAUGACGCUGACGGGACGCGACGGUCAGGACGAACUGCUGGUGGUGGAAGUCGACGAGCACAGUGCAGAGAGAGAGAAUGAGGCAGAGCUCGACAUUGCCAGCUCGAAUCAGUUCCAGACAGCAGAACAGAGCGAUGCUGACGAGCCGUGA